GAGACAACACCCAAAGAGCUUGCGCUUGCACUCAAAAAACGAUUGAAGGAGUCGGACUGUGAAAGUAGGGGAUAUAUGAUUGUUGGUUUCCCAGUCACCGAAAACCAGGCCAAAGCGCUCAGAUGGGAGGGCAUUUUUCCAGACUAUACAGUUUUUCUUGAGGCUCCAGUGGAAGCGCUGAUAGAACGGCAUAGCGGAAAUCGUAUCGAUCCGGAGACUGGGGAAAGCUAUCACCUGUUGAUGAAGCCUCCUCCGAACCUCCAGGUAGAAAAUCGAUUGAUUCCGCAUCCGGACUUCUCUCCGAACGAGCUUAGGGAAAAGAUUGAAGCAUACAAACGUGAGAAUUUUGUUUUGCAGCAAAUCUACGCCACAUCGGCUCGGAUGUUUAACGCAGAUCAACCGCUGACUGAUGUGUAUGCGAGUGUAUUGGCAUACGUGGCACAACCACCCCGAAGCUUGGCCCUAAGAACUCCACGAAUCUUGUUGCUUGGAUAUGUAGGUUCCGGACGUAAAACGCAGGCAAAGCUGCUGGCUGGCAAAUAUGGCUUGGUACCUGUGGACUGCAGUGCUUUGAUUAAUCAGGAGAUCGCUUCUGCUUCCCUUCGUGGCAAAGCAAUGAAGAGUUACGUGGCAAGAAAUAUGGCAGUUCCCGAUUCGAUUGUUGUGGAGACAGUAAAAUCACGACUGACACAACCCGACUGCACUACACGGGGCUGGAUUCUCCACGGCUACCCUCGGAGCAAACAACAGGCUGAGCUUCUGGACGCUGAGGACUUGACACCAAAUCGGGUGUUUGCUCUGGAUAUCUCACAUAUCUGUGCAGCCGAAAGACUUACUGGCCGGCGAAUCGAUCCGGUAACUGGGCAACGUUUUCAUCUGUCAAACAGGCCACUUGACGACGAUCUGUCGGGACAAAUGCUUCAGAAUCCUCAGGAUCGAGAGUGUGUGAUAGGAUCCAAACUGGCCAUGUUUGCUGCCCACAAGGAGCAGUUGUACGAGUACUACGCAUCAAACCUCGUCCACAUACAUGCAGACGUGGACAUACAUACGAAGUUAACUUGGGCAACUUUGAAAUUUUUAGAGACAAUGCAUCCAGCCACUAAGGAUCCGUUACUUAUCAAGUACGUGGAUGACAACUAUUUAUACAAUGUAUUCGAGGUAAGUAUUGUGAAACAAACACACGAUAGGAAAAGUUAUUCAGGGGUUUUGCUGAGUGCUCUUUUUCGUGUGCCAUUACAUACCUUAGUUGCAGAUUCGGCUUUGGUCAGUGGCCUGGCCGUAAUGGUUCCAGAAGCACCUCGAGUAUGGAUUGUGGAGAAGUUGGGGAAAGUAUAUGAUAUUGGAAAUGAGAAUGUGCGCUGGGACUCGUUUAUUGAUCCAAGGAUGCGACCACAGCAUCCGUUCGUCGCACAAGAUUUGUUCCGACAAUGGUUUAUGAACGCUAGAAUUGACGACAUUUCGCCCAAUGAUCGCUACCAGCUAACAAAACCGGUCCGCCCUGGUGUUUUUCAGCUCCCAGUGCACGGAGGACUGCAGGAUGAAGACGAUGUAUCCUUCCGCCCUGGAAGCGGAAUUCUACCCGGAUCGAAAAUUACUUACAGAGACACUUUAAAAAAACUUCCUGAAUAUCUGAGAAUAAAGUCCGACCGUACGUUGCUUGGUUAUGCUAUCAAGUUAAUCAUUUAUUUUCUUAAAUGGAGCUUUAAUUUCUUCCAGAUUUUUGAAUAUUUGAAUCCGUUCGACGUGGGUCAUGCUGCACAAGUUUCUCACAACUGGAUGAGCAUUGCAGAGAGGUCCUACAGCAAUCAUCGGCUUGACCUAUCAUCCCUCCGAACUCGAAUACAGGACAAAAUUCUGGCAAAAAUCCUGAAAAAGCGCCGCGUCUACUUGCGGUACAUUAAUCUCAGCAGAUGUGACUUGCUAACCCAAGCAGGGUUUCGUUUCUUGGGAACAUGCGUUCAUCUGCAGGAUGUAAAUCUCUCUUGUUGCAAACAGCUGACGGAUGAAGCCGUCAUGCAUUUGAUGUGGGAAUGCAGGGACAUCGUGAAGCUCGAUCUUUCACGUACACCAAUCACCGACAGUGCGGUCAGAUAUAUAGCCACUGCUCCCAACGUGUUGGAACAUCUCAUCCUGGCGAAUUGUGUCAAAUUGUCGAGCGCUUGUCGUGUUUACUUAAAAGAAACAGCUGGAUUUCGAACACUCAUCUACUUAGAUUUGUCCGGUUGUAUCCAGUUAGAAUCAGAUGCUCUCAUGGAAAUAUUCAGUAGUUUACCGAAUGUCCGUCAUUGGAUACUCAACAACUUACUGCAACUUUCUAAUGAAACCUUAAAGAUUACGAACUCUGAUCUGCUUAUAUGGGUUUUUCGACUUGCAAAGUCUCGUGGUUUCCCCUCUCUUUUGAACUUUGCCGUUGCACAGAUUCUCGGUUCACAUUGUCCCAUAAUUGAAACAAUAAGCCUGGAGAAUUCGGGCAGUGGAGUAAACCCGGUUCAUCAAGAACCAUCCGAGAAUAACGUCGAAAAACAGGACACCACAGGCGAUGAAGUCAGCACCAUCGUGAUGAAAACGCAUGUUAAAAAAAGGACAAGCAAGCAGUUGAAUCCUUCAAAGCAUCCGGUUGAUGACGAAGGUCUCAGUUGGGUCGUUAAAAGAGGAAUCCGGAAAUUGUUUGUUUCCGGUUUACCAGGAUGUAGAGGUCAUUGCUUCAAACAGUUGGCAGCCGAGACGCACAAUCGGAAACCUUCGUGGAGCAAGCCUAUCACCAAUGCUAUAUCAGUAAACCGAAACGAUCAACCCAUGGAGUUGAUCAGACAACUCUACAUGACUAACUGUUCGAAUCUUACAGAUUCAACUCUCCGGGACCUAGCGAUGUUUCCAAGCUUAGUCGUGAUCAACCUUUCUCGCUGCAUGAAAUUGACAGAUGUGGGUGUGAAGUGUAUCGCCCAGAGUGCCUACGCACCGAAACUACGAGAGCUAUACCUGGCUGGCUGUGGGAACCUAACGGAUCGAUCCAUUAUCUGUUUGGAUAAACGACUUCCACAACUGGCCUACUUCAGUGUUGCUUUCUGUGCGAGGAUUUCUAAGCCUGCGUUGAUGAGGCUCGACCGCUGGAAAGGGCUCUGGCAACUGAAUAUUUCCGGUACGGACUUAGAUAACCGAGUAAGUAGAUCCAUUUUGCAGUCAAAAUUACCAACUUUGAGAUUCACACAUUUGUAUUCAUUUCUAAAUAGCGUGACCUCAUUGAAACAUCUCAAAAAAGGCUGCAGGAAACUGGAAUGCCUACUUAUUAAUGGCUGUCAUCUAAUUGAGAAGCAAGACGUACUACGCUGGGCAGAUCGAAUUCCAUAUGUGGCUCAUUCUCCGAAUAAACCGGGGCCGUAACCGAGUUGUCCACUAAUAACGAGCGUGUCAAUAAGUCUGCUCAAACGUUUAUUAGAGGGAAGAACUUACUACGUAGAAAAAACUACAUUUUUAGCAUUUCUUACACAUAACCGUUGCAAAAGCUGUUCUGAUACCGUUUUCACCGGCAACCAUCUCUUGUUUAUUUUCGCUAUUUUCGAGACGACUUUUCUGUAAACCUCCUCAACCAUUUGGGUCUUUCUUCUGCAGUAUUGCGUAAACUGAUUCACUUUGGAACGAUUGCUCGUCUUUGCACAACGCGUCUUCCGUAUAAAAGGCAUUCCAAAAUCCUUUUCUGACAUAUUGUUAUAGGAAAGCAGAAAAAGUUUAUUUUAUG